ACAUUCAUGUGCUCCACAAGGUAAAACUACUUAUCAACUUUGUCUUGUAGUAUGACAAAGUUUUAUAUGCAAGCUGUGAGAUAAAAAAGGUUUCAAUUAUACUAAAAGUUAUGACCCCACCACCACUUCUUCUUAUACACCCUUUUUAUGUUUCAUUAUUCUAUCAUCAACCUCCUCAUAACUCUCUCCAAAAACACAUUCAUUAACACCUUCAAAAACUCUCCAUAAUUAAGAUUUUUAGCCAUCAUCAUUUAUGGCUUCCUUUUCGUCAUUCUCAGCAAUAUUCAUGGCUUCAAUGAUAGUAUCAUGCAGUUGUUCAUUGGAUUCUGCGAAAAACAUGCAUGUUUCUGCGAUCUCAGAAGCUCCUCUCUUUUCUCCUACACUGUCACCAGAUAUGGAGCCACUGUUUCCUUCCCCGGGACGAACUGCUUUUUCUCCAUCCGAUUCUUCAUUACCAACAAUUCCUUCAAGUCCUAGCCCUCCAAAUCCAGAUAUCUCAUCUCAUCAAGGGCCUGGUUCCGCUUCUCCACCCUCCGAGUCCGAGUCUAUAUCGCCGGCUUUAUCUCCUUCUUCUCAGGGUGCAUCUCUCCCAAUAUUUUCAACUUCACACCUUGCUGUAAUCUUAAUUAGCAUAAUUCAGCUUCAUGGCAUGUGAGUACAUGUUGAUGUUUGUUUCUGUUUAUGUUCCAAAAGCAUGUACUAUUACUAUUCCAAAAAUCUAAGACUAGCUAGUGAACAUUUUAAGUAUCUAUCUGUCAUAUGAGUAAUUUGAAUGUAGAAACAAUAAAUGGAGAGAAUUUUUUGUCA